GAAAAGAAGCAGGCCUUCGUCUGCUCCCUGCCCGCGUUUUUCUCCCCGAAGCGAUGGCCCUCCCUCGUGGCGAGUUAUUGUGGAUGCCAGGCGACCAUACGUCCAUAUACAUAGAUAGCACGGCAGCAUCGCCGCGAACCCAGCUUUCCAUUGCGUCGCGGCACGUACUCCAAGUCUCCAACUCCGGCUAGCAUCGGACGUUUGGACCGGCCGUGCCGGCGUGCCGCUAGUGUUUCUUGCACCACCGUCUGCUGCUAAGCACCCAUCGAUCGAUGAAGGUGAUCAAGCCGAUCGUCGUGCUCGCGGCCGCCGUCGCGGCGGCGGCGAUGCUGUCCCUGGACUCGCAGCGCGACGUGGCGGUGCUGCAGAUAAGCGGCGAAAGCCUCGAGCUGAUCCCCGUCGACGGCGGCGCGGCGGGGCCGGAGAGCGUGGCGUUCGACGCCAGCGGCGAUGGCCCGUACACGGGCGUGUCGGACGGGCGUGUCCUCAGGUGGCUGCCGAGCGAGCGCCGGUGGGUCGAGCUCGAGCGCUUGUCCUCCUCCGCGCCGGAACUGCUGGACGGUUGCCGGGGCUCUCAAGACCCAGGCCGGGAGCACGAGUGUGGGCGUCCGUUGGGCCUCAAGUUCAACAAUGAGACAGGAGAGUUGUACGUUGCAGACGCGUACCAUGGGCUGAGAGUAGUCAGCCCAAGGGACAACGUGUCCAGACCGCUUGUACCAGAGUGGCAAGUGGGCCGCCCGUUCAGCUUCACCAACGGCGUCGAGAUUGACCAUCAAACCGGAGCCAUCUACUUCACCGAGACCAGCACAAGGCUCCAGAGAAGGGAGUUCUUGAACAUAGUCAUAUCUGGCGACAGGACUGGUAGAUUGCUAAAAUAUAACCCAACGAGUAACCAGGUCGAAGUCUUGGUUGAUGGCCUAGCAUUCCCGAAUGGCUUGGCUAUGAGCAUAGACGGCACUCACCUGCUCCUUGCAGAAACCACAACGUGUAAAAUUCUAAGAUAUUGGAUCAAGACGUCGAAAGCUUCAACCCUUGAAGAAGUCGUGCGUCUAUCUUGGUUUCCAGAUAACAUCAAGAUGAGCCCCAGAGGAGGAUUCUGGGUUGGUCUUCACGCCAGGAGAGGGAAGAUCGCCGAGUGGUCGAUUUCUUACCCUUGGUUGAGCAGAUUGAUACUGAAGUUGCCAAUGCGCCAUGUUCAACGGGUCUCGUCGCUCCUGAAUCAGCUUGGCCGUCAGGUGAUAGCACUGAGAUUGAGUGAGGAGGGGAGAACAGUAGAAGCGGUCAGUGUCCAUGGUGCUGCUCAGAAGGCUUUCAAGUCUGUCAGCGAAGUGGAAGAAAGGAAUGGGAGCUUAUGGAUAGGUUCUGUUAUGUCACCUUUCCUUGGGGUAUACCAUUUGUAGAAGCGUUGAAAAGACAACUUAAGUAUCAAAUUGCGCAUAUGUUAUUAACUAGAGGAAGAUAUGGAUUAUAUGCAUGACAGCAAAAUUUCUCUUAUAGUAUAGUUUACUUCUAUUGUUUUUCA